GCGCAGCCCAUGGCCAAGCAGCCCCCCGAGGCGAAGGCGCCCCGCGACCGCCGGGCCGGGCGGCUGCCGCCGGGAGAGGGGCCGGGCCCGGCCGUCCCGCUGCGGCCCGGAGCCCCCGCCGCGCUGCCCGGCGCCGCCCGGCCCGCCUCGCCCGGCAGCCCCGGCCCGUUCGCCAUCCGCUCGCCGCUCUUCUUCUUCGUGCGGAGGUCCCCGCUGCUGCCGCGCUCCUCCAGCGGCUACUUCUCCUUCGAGGCCGAGCGCAGCCCCGCGCCCAUGAGCUGCGAUAAGGCCACGCAGACCCCCAGCCCGCCGUGCCAGGCCGUCAGCCACUACCUGAGCGCCAUGGCUUCCAGGUGGCGAUCUCACUCACUUGCAGAAGAAAUACAACCAGAAAUAUGGAUUGCACAGGAGCUGCGGCGCAUCGGGGAUGAAUUCAAUGCCUCCUAUUGUCCAAGAAGGGGUUUCUUGGAUAACCACGCUGGAAACCCCCAGGUGGUCAUUCUGCGCCUCCUGCAUUACAUCAUCCGCCUCAUCUGGAGGAUGCAGUGACACCGGCCGUGUGGGCUGCUGGGACUCGAUGGCUCCUUCCAAAAUCCAGUGGAGAAGAGCCAAUGCCAGAGCUUGGAGCUUCCGAGCUGCCCCCCCUGGCCUGGGAGUGCGGUGGCCGGAGGAGGGUGGAUUUCCCACGUGGACCUGCCGGGAUGCUCCAAAGCUAGAUUUUAUCUGAGAGUGGUGUUUACUGUGUUUCUCUCCAUUUUUAAUUAUUGUUUUUUAAAUUGUCUCAGAGAAAUGUCCUCAGUGACGAUGUUCGGUCAUCGUUUCUGGAAAUCUGUCGGCUCAUCUUGGAUGCGUCCCAAGACCCUCCAGAUCCAGCUGAUCUGCAGAGCUGCCUUAUUUGUGCUGCAGGUGUUGCAGGGAGCAUUGGACGCCCCCCGGCCGCUGCGCUGCCGCCUCCUCCUGCCUGCCAAAGAGGAUGAGGAUGGAAGAAGGGCGGAGAGAUUUUAAUCAGCACUUCUUUUAUGUGUAAAUACCUAAUGCUACCCCAAAUCCAACUUCGGUUGCGUCAUGCAAAUAUUCCUAUUUCCUGCUGACUGUUUUUGUUUUUUUUUUUCCUUCCCAACUUUUAUUUUAAGUUCUGAAUUUCAAGACUUAGCUGUCAGAUUCCCAGGGUCCAAAAUAUCACAACCAACCAACCAAACAAAAAAAAACAAA